GCUUUCCUCUCUCCCCCGUCCUUCCCUCGCUGACUCUUCCGUUUAUUUUUAUUUCCCUUCUCAUCCGGUCAAAUCUCUGGUCGUCGUUUCUGUACUUUGCCCCCCUUUCUCUCUUCCUCACUCCACCCGUCUUCCCCUCGAAUACCUCCCUCGUCCUGAUCUAAUUGAAUCAUCUUUACCGCAAAGGUUUUAAUCUUUUUGAAGAGGGCAGACAGAUCUCUGCGUAUUGAUCUGAAGUUUUGGUUUCUCGGUUUUGAUUUUCUAAUGGGUUGGAGAUACAAAGCUGGUCUCUUUUUGAUUGGUACUGUUGUUGUCAUAUGGGUCACCUCUGCUGAAGUUACUCAGGAUAUAUUUACAGCCUAUAAGCAGCCAUUUGCAGUAACAUAUCUUGGAGCUUCUCUUAUGAUUGUUUACCUUCCCGUUGCAUUCCUCAAAGACUGGCUUUGUCGUUACCUAGAGCGAAGACGCUCUUCCAGAACCAAUGAUGUCUCCUCUGUUGUUGAUGUCGGUUCUCCUCUGAGGCAUAAAGUCAUUGAGAUGGGUCUUCAAGGGACUAUUACUAAGAAAGACAGCGAGGAAGACUUUUCUUCUCAUGAAGAAGAUGUGAGACCGUUGAUUGGUAGAGGGAGAGAAGAAACACAGAGUUUGAGACAUGGGAAAGAGAUCAUCACUACAAAGCAGAUUGUGUUGUAUGGUCUUUACCUCGCACCUAUUUGGUUUGUCACAGAGUAUUUGUCAAAUGCUGCUCUUGCGCGUACAAGCGUGGCGAGUACAACUGUAUUGUCUUCAACCUCAGGGUUGUUUACUCUUUUCAUUGGUGCAUUGUUGGGUCAAGAUACUUUGAACCUGUCGAAAGUUGUUGCUGUUUUUGUCAGUAUGGCUGGUGUGGUCAUGACAACGCUUGGGAAAACUUGGGCUGCUGAUGACUCUCAAUUAAACUCUUCACUCAACGGGCAACGGUCCCUUGUGGGAGAUCUCUUUGGGCUUCUCUCUGCAGUCUCCUAUGGAGUAUUUACAGUGCUUCUGAAGAAGUUUGCUGGUGGUGAAGAAGGAGAAGGUGUUGAUGUGCAAAAGCUGUUUGGAUACAUAGGACUGUUCACACUUGUUGCUCUCUGGUGGCUUGUGUGGCCAUUGACAGCAUUAGGGAUCGAACCAAAGUUUACCAUACCGCACUCUGCCAAGCUUGAUGAAGUUGUUUUGGCUAAUGGUUUCGUUGGAAGUGUCCUCUCUGACUAUUUUUGGGCACUUUCUGUGGUGUGGACAACUCCGCUAGUAGCGACGUUGGGCAUGUCUCUUACCAUUCCACUGGCGAUGGUUGCUGACAUGAUGAUUCACGGUCGUCAUUAUUCCGCUAUUUACAUCCUUGGCUCUACUCAGGUGUUUGCUGGAUUUGUAAUAGCUAAUAUAUCAGACUUGUUUUCGAAGAAGCUUGGUUUGUGACAGUGGCGUCAAAUCUUUGUCAAUGAUUCUUUUUUGUGGGUAGAAAUUGUAUCCUGGAUUCAUGGUUGGAAUGGAAAGUUUAUAUGGGUUUUGCCCUGUUUUUUAUUGUGAAGAUUGAAUUGAUUGAUCUUCUUCUUCUUGCUUGUAAACUCGAACCAACACGAUGAUAUGUUGAUCCGGAGUUGUGGCUGCUAUAUCUCUCCGGAGCUGGGAUUGAACCAGCAACACUCUAUAUGCUUCACAAGCGAGCUCGGUUACAAAGAUAACCUAGCUCU